AUGUUCACGGUGCUAACAAUAGUUUCGGGAGUAGCCAUCCUCACUCUAAACUGUGUGAUGUGUUUGGAUAAUGGAUUGGCUAGAACACCACCAAUGGGGUGGAACACAUGGCGACAUCUUGGAUGUCAAGUAAACUGCAACAACACUCAAAUCAACUGUCUUAAUGAAAAUGCAAUCAAGCGAACAGCUGAUAAGCUGGUUUCGGAUGGUUGGCGAGAUCUGGGUUAUAAAUAUGUGAUACUUGAUGAUUGUUGGUUAGCGAAACAGCGUGAUCCGAAGACGAAUAAAAUAAUGGCAGAUCCUUCAAGAUUUCCCAGUGGUAUUAAAAGCCUUACAGAAUAUCUGCACUCCAAAGAUCUUCUACUCGGUAUAACUCUUGGUUACGGGAGCAUGACAUGUUCCGGUUAUCCAGGAAGUAUCAAUCAUUUGGAAUUGGAUGCAAAAUCAGUGGCCGAGUGGGGAGUAGAUUAUGUAAAGAUGCAUGCAUGCCACUGUGCUCAGAAUACUGAACCAGAUGGUUUUGAAAAAUUCAGUAGAUUACUUAAUGUAACUGGUAGACCUGUAACGCUUUUGUGUACUUAUCCAGCAUAUAGCUAUUGGCUUUCAAAUCACAAUUUGAUGGACUGGGAAAGAUUACAAAAUAACUGUAAUUUGUGGCGAGUGUCAUCCAACGUGCAAAGCAAUUGGGGAUCUAUAAUCAGUAUCAUAAAUGGAUACAAACUUCGCAACGAUGUUUUACCGAAAGUGGCUGGUCCAGGACACUGGAACGAUCCCGAUAUGUUGGUCUUAGGAAACAACGGACUUUCCAAUGAUCAAAAGCGAGUUCAUAUGGGCAUGUGGUGUAUGUUCGCUGCUCCACUACUCAUCUCAGCUGACAUGAACAAUGUGGAUCAAUUCAGUGCAUCUCUGUUACGUAACAAACAUUUGUUGCGGAUAGAUCAGGAUGAAGGUGGACAUCAGGCGGAAUUUGUCAAAUCGCGAAAUGAUGUGCAGUUGUGGAUACGAAAAUUAAAUAAUUGUCCAAGUGGUUGGGCAAUUGCUUGCAUCUACACAAGAGUUGAUGGAGGACCAAUCAACUUUACCACAAAUCUGGAUGAAUUCAAAUCACAAAUGUAUACGAUAUCAGGAGAUAAAUUCGAAUUAUUGGAUGUAUUCACUGGUGAUAGAUUCAAAGAUGUACGAUUGACAGAGAAUUUUACAAUUCCUAUCAAUCCAUCUGGAAUAAUGAUGUUUCGAGUGAAUCCAUUGGAAUUGAUUUAUACUGAUCAAUAA